CAAAACAAAAACUCGUAUCCUCACUGCUUGAUUGUGGGCUAUGAUUUGACUUUUUGGUCUUCUCUCUUCUCGCUUCAAUUGAACAGAAAGUGCUUAGUUUCUCAGUAUGGCGAACACAGGCUCAAGUGAAUCCACUUAUGAUAGGAAUGCAGAAUUUCAAGCGUUUGAGGAUACAAGAGCUGGAGUAAAAGGUCUAGUAGAUUCUGGGCUGACAAAGAUCCCACGUAUGUUCCAUUCUGAGGAGUUGAACCACACAGAGAGCUCAGAAAAUUACUCAAACCUUACAAUCCCCAUCGUUGACCUCGCGGGCAUACACAACGAUUCAUCUCUACACACUGAAGCUGUUGCGAAAAUUGGAAGUGCGUGCCAGAAUUGGGGAUUUUUCCAGGUGAUUAAUCAUGGGAUUCCAAAUGAUGUUUUUGAUGAGGUGAUUGAUGGAAUUCGAAGGUUUCAUGAACAAGACUCUAAGAUAAGAAAGCAGUUUUACGCAAGAGACUUGAACAAGAAAGUUAGGUACUAUUCCAAUGUUCACAUGCACAAAGACAGACCUGCUAACUGGAGGGAUACACUCUUUGUAGCUCCUGAUGCAGCGAAAGCAGAUGAUAUACCAGCAGUGUGUAGGGAGAUUGUAAUUGAAUAUUCAAAGAAAAUAAGGGAAUUGGGUAAUACAAUCUUUGAGUUAAUGUCGGAGGCUCUGGGCCUCAAUCCUUCUUACCUUAAGGAACUGGCUUGUGGGGAAGGGCUUUUUCUUCUCUGUCACUACUACUUCCCACAGUGCCCAGAACCUGAGUCAACUAUGGGAGUUACCAAGCACACUGAUUCUGAUUUCAUGACAAUCCUUUUGCAAGAUCAGAUUGGUGGUCUUCAAGUUCUUCAUGAGAAUCAGUGGGUUGAUGUUCCUCCUGUGCAUGGAGCUCUUGUUGUUAACAUUGGAGAUCUUCUACAGCUGAUAACAAAUGACAGGUUCAUCAGCGUGUUUCAUAGGGUCUUAGCAAGGCCUAUAGGCCCAAGAAUUUCCAUAGCAAGCUUCUUUAUAAAUCUUGAUGACAUUGCUGAAAAUACAGCAAAGGUUUAUGGUCCAAUUAAGGAAUUAUUAUCGGAAGAAAACCCACCAAUCUACAAGGGCACCACUAUUAAAGAUUUUUGGGCAAAUAAUAUCUCAAGGGGCCUUGAUGGAAACUCUCUUUAA